GGCAUCUGAGGCGGAUGGAGGGAAGUGGCGAACCUACACACCUAGUGCUCCAAGGAGAAGAUAAUGUCUGGCUGGUGGGAGUGAGCCAUGAAGAACAGGUCUCCCGCCUUCAGCUUGUCUUCAUUGGCUGUUCAGGGCCGAGUCCCAGAGCACUCAUGAAUGCUUUCACCCAGUGCAUUGGAAACUACGCUAGCGACUUAUCAACCCUCGGCUACGGAUCAGGACUUUCAAGCAACUACGGCUACACUAGUCUUCAAUCUCCCGCAGCCUACAAUUACGCUUCUAACCCUGCAAUCGCCCAGACAUCUUACGGUUACGGCUCCGGAUUUGCCGCUCCUUACGGAUUAGCGUCAUACGGUGGUGCCGGUGAAGGCAAUGUGGGAGUUGCAGGAGAGAUGCCCGUAGCUGGUAACACGGCUUUGGCUGGUCAAGUCCCGAUCAUGGGAUCUAUAGGAUUCAAUGGUGCGAUCCCAGCUGGUGGUGCCGUGUCUAUCUCUGGCAACUGCGCUUGUGGUUGCAAUGGUUAUCAAUACCAGUAUUGAUUUGUUUUAAGUUUUUAAUAAAUCACAAUUAUAGUAAUUAA